AAUCCAGUACCAUCCCUUUGGAUACAAGCAGCACCGCGUUCACCCGCUUCUCGUACAUAGCUCAAUCAUCUUCAUCGGAAAGCAUUUCGGAUCCUACCGUGGACUGUGGUUAGUCGUAGUAGUAACGCAGCUCGAUUGCCCUACCCAUCUACGACCUUCCCACCAGCAGGGUAACCUUAUUGCCCCAAACGCAGAAGAUUGGUUGGUCCCGGAUGCGGUAAUUGAGCUAAUCAAGAUUUUGUAAGCCGGAGCUACUACGACUACUACUACUUCUUGACAGUGUGGUGGGACUUAAGCUUUCUUCGCGACAGUGUGGUGUGGUGGAAACCAAGCUUUUCCAUCUUUCACUUUUCAGGGCAACUACCAUUCCGCAACUUCUCCAGCUUUCGGGGGGACCGCGCGGACUGUUGGUUCCCACAAGAGAAUGGAUUAGCAUGUAUCCAUGAACCUGAUGAGAAUGGACAUUGGAUACUGGGACCACUUACCUAUCUUAUCACAAUUGAGGAGGCAGAGCGGGUCGAAAGCCUGUUUCAUCUAUGCGUUCACAUGCAAGUCAGCCAGAGUCCGGGGAUAUCAAAAAACGUAUCGCGAGCUAGGGCCGAAGAGAUAUCAAACUUUGAUAUGGUGAAUCGCGAGGGAAUGCGAGUGUUGCCGGUGGCACGAGUCGUGUUGCCACAUAUGCUUCGUCACCGUCCAAUGUAUCGCAUUUCUGACCGGGCAGCACGGUACGACACCUCAAGCUUUUUCAUGAUCCGAGCCAGCCGCCCCGGCGAAAGCGAAUAAGCGCGCCGCCAUUGUUCGAGCAUGUGUUAGCGAGAAGCUCAAGCUUCCCAUGCGACAGCGCUAUCCGAGGCAGCCGGCAUUCGAUGUCAUGCAGUUGCUUGGUGUGCGUGUGCAGGUAUCUCCAGCAUAGGGCAGAAGGAAGUGAGAAAUAUGCACUUACCUUUCUCAUCAGGUCCACUGCUGACUCGCCAAUUUCAUGCGGAAGGUAGUCUCUCUUGACUAAACCAACGCCAUGCUCGCCCGUUGCCGUGCCCUCCAUCUCGAUUGCACGUUUGACCAUCUUGUGUACCACUUCUUCAGCAACCGAGUGCUCUUUGUCGUUGUAGAGAAUGAUAGCGUGGAAGUUGCCGUCGCCUACGUGGCCAACGAUGGAGCCGAUAAGACCGCUCUUAUCAAGAUCCUCCUUGGUUUCUUCAAUUAUGUCAGGAAGUCUUGAGAUCGGGACGGCAACGUCUGUGGUCCACACGUGGUCGCCUUCAUCCUUUUUCUGGGCCAUGACACUCCACAAUGCUUCCUUCCGAGCGGACCAAAGUUCGUCUUGUUCUUCCUUGUUCCUAGCAAAUUCGAAGCU